AUGGGUCACUCUCAGAAGCUCAGUGAAUUUAGGCAUGGUACCGUGAUAGGUUGCUACCUGUGCAAUAAGUCCAUCCGUGAAAUUUCCUUGCUACUAAAUAUUCCACGGUCAACUGUUAGUGGUAUUAUAACAAAGUGGGAUCAACUGGAAACAUCAGCAACAAUAGCUAAAGACCUCCAAACUUCAUGUGGCCUUCAGAUUAGCACAACAACAGAGUGUAGAGAGCUUAAUGGAAUAGGAAACUCUUAAGGUUUCAGCAUACCAAGACAUUUUGGACAAUUCAAAGCUCCCAACUCUGUGGGAACAGUUUGGGGAUGGCCCCUUC